AGACUGCAUGGCUGCAUGGCUGCAAGCUCCGCCCACCUCCCCUCCUGUGCUGCUGCAGAGGGCUGGUGCUCCGGCAGCAGCAGCAGCAGCGGCAGCGGCAGCGGCAGUACUACACCUCUGCACUCUGUGUACGGAGCAGCCGCUGCAGCCCCCGCGCGCGCCGGGACCGCAGACGGACACCUGGACUGCGUCGAUUGGAUUUUGUUUUUACGCCGUUUUUGUUCAGAUUUCUGUGUUGCCAGGCAGGAGAAAGUCCGAGCAGAUCUCCUCACAGCGGCCUUUGACCGGACCAGAUUUAGCAAACCAAAGAUGUCAGCGUGCAGCGACUUUGCAGAACACGUAUGGAAACCCGGCUCAUGUAAGAACUGCUUCCACCCGCUUAGCGCGCACAAGACGGUCGGCGUCCCGGAUGGCAGCACGCCUGCAUCCUGUUUAAAAGGCAGCCUGGGAGGCGAUGAGGAAGCUGGAGUGACGACGCCCUCGCCCUACAGCAAGCCGACCAUCGCUGUCAAACCCACGAUGAUGAGCCUCGACACCUGCGAACCUAAAGAUGUCAACAUGAACAUAGAACCGCAAGAGAAGACGAAAAUCUCGGUGGAGCAGAAGAAUCUAAAGAUCUUAAAUCUGACACCGCUGUACAUCGACAGCAAUGUCUGCAACAAGGCCCACAGAGAGGCGGUCCUUCAGGACCCCGAGAACAAGAUCGACGACAACCGCAUCUCGUUGUCCCCCAGCUUCUCACCCAAAGACACAGUCAUUAUCAGCAACAUCCUGGUGAGCCAGCAGGAAGGGAGAGUUUCCCAGAGCCUGAAGAAGAACUCUAAUGAGGGUUCCUGCAACAACCAGGAGAACGGCGUGAUUCCUAUCCGAACCAAGAGCGCUUAUAAUGGAAGCGCCCUGAACACCAGGACGAACAAUGAAACCCAGGAAGCGUUUAAGGAAAUGCCUUCAGAGGAUAAGGUAGCUUCUAGUCCAGUUCAAGGUACGAAUGGUGGCUCCGCUGAUCUUUCAAAGACGCCCAUCACCUCUUCAGAGACCGCCACCCACAGGAGCCCAGCAUCCCCCCCCUCUGCUUCUGUCCUGUCCAAACAGAGUAGUCUGUCAGACUCCUCUUCUUCUUCUUAUCUUAGCAGCACAGAUUCGCUUCCAGAGCCUGAAGGGUUGCUAGGGAGACAGGAGAGGUCGGUGAGUCUGCAAGACUCGCAGAGCAAGACAGGCCCCCAGUCAACGCCCAACUCCCCCAACAAACAGGAAGGCUUUGAACCCAUUUAUGCAGAGAGCACCAAGAAAAAACGCAAACCUGCUGCUCAUGUUCUGCAGCCCCCCCCCCAGUCCCCAAACCAGACUAAGCAUACCUCUGAGGUGGACCGGUUUGGCGAGAACCAGAGAGCCACCAUCACCGUCAUUGCAGCUCACACAGAGAACAACAAAACUUUCUAUCUCAGUAGUCCGGAUUCUGCUGUCAGCACCCAGUGUCACUUCAGCCCAACAGCACGGAAAGACCCCGCCAGCCCGGUUUUCCGGUGGCCCAGCCCAAGUCGCAGUGCGCCCUCUUUGAGCAUGGACGCCUCCCUGCCACCCGCCCUUCACACGAAGCCGGAGUCCAGCCCACCCAUUCCCCCAAAGAGGAGCUCCCGCUCCCCAAAACUGGGCACCUCUAGCCUUUCUCAGUCGCUUUCUUCUCCGUUCUCUCUCCCGGAAUUUCCCAAACUGGGCACCUCCAGUCUCUCCUCGUCCGUUUCAUGCCCUGUCCCACUCCCAGAGCUCCCCAUGUUUUUCCUGGUUUCUGCAAAAGAGGGCCACUUCAAGUUCCCGGACAACCACAACACGCCAUCGGAACGCCGGCCCAAGCCCAACCUGCACGGUUCCGGUUGGAGCUGCCGCAUCGAGGAAGAAGAGGAGGAGGAAGAGCGCGGCCGGAAAAGAAUGGAGAAGAUGAAACCACCCGCCAGCCUCGGGACAACCUCCUCAGCGACAGGCUCGGUCAAUGGUGCUGCUGUCUGGAAGGAGGCCAGGGACACCAAUACUCACAGCAGCCCCCCUGCCAUGACAGAGCCAGGCACGGCCCCCCCUACCAACCCCAACAAUGGCGCCGGUCAAAGGGAAACCGAGGGCACAGAGGAGGAAGGCAAGCAUAACAGGAGCAUGCCGGCCAAGAAAAUGUUGCACGGCAGCUCAGGGGAGCUGCUGGCAUCAGGAAGAGGAGCUGCCACCAAUGACCCCAACCCACCUCCACCUCCACCCAAGAAACUACACAGAGGGAGUAUUAGGAUGAGUGGCAGUAACUUGGAGCUGGAUCGCUGCAGCCAGCAAAGGUCAACCGAGACCCCUUCAUCUUUUCCAGGCUUGGGCAGUACCAGUCUACCCACUGCAUCCCCCGACAAUCUGACGGCCAACUCCGGGUCUCGGAAUGCUGCACGGAUGUCUUGUUCUUCACCGUUGCCCAGAACUCCAGUGCCGUCCGCUCCAUGUUCUCCCAACCCCAUCUCCUGUACCAGCUUGAAGAUCCAGCCCCCUCCUCUCCCGGAAAAAAAAAUUGUCAAUCGCACAGUUUCAGCUCCAGAUGGCGGUAAACCCUUUGUGGGAGCCUACCCACACCUCCCGUUCACCGGCUCGGAGAGCAACGUCUGCCGCUCGGUCGAUGCCAGCUCCCGCUCCAGUUUACCCUCCAGUCCUGUUGACCCGCGGCCCAUUUUCUCAUCCAAUGAGUCUCUUUGUCACCCUUUGCCAACCCGACCUUUGAGGUCCCGAACACUGGAUGAGCCCCUCAAGAAUCAGGGGCGCCUGGGCGUGCACUGCCGGACUAGUAUCACCUGCUCGUCUUCUCCUCAGCUCAGCUCGCCCUUCUCUUCGACAGAGACGGGCUCUGCACCAAAUGUGGGAUCGAGCCUGCAGCUCCAGACCCUCUUGAGCAACAUUGACAGCAGAGAGGGUGUGUACUCCAAGCUGGGUGGCCUGUAUGCGGAGUCUCUGCGGCGCUUGGCUUUGAAAUGCGAAGACCACUUCACCAGAUCCCAGAAGAAUUCGCUCAAAUUCGACGAGAGCAACUGGUCCCUCUUCAGACUCACGUCUAACAAGCCGAGCUGCAAUGCAGGGGAUGCUGUGUACUACUCUGCUGCCUGUGCGCUGGAUCCCUGCAACUCCUACGCUGUGAAGAUCUGCAAGAGUCCCUCCAUAGAAACCAAGCAGGGCCACCUGUACGGGCUGUCGGUGCAGCAGAGCAUCCCCUCCCACUUUAACCUGCAGCAGGACUGCGGCCACUUCCUCGCCUGCGUGCCGCAGAGCAUGCUGCCUCCGGAUGAGGCCGCUCUGCCCAGCGCCCCCCCUCCAUCCGCACAUCGGCCCACAACGCCUGUGCAGGAGGGGGACAGAGACCGGGUGGUGGUCAUCACUCCCGACAUUCCUCAUCAGACGGCUGCGGACUUUGUUCGGGAGUGGGGGGCCUUCCAUAAAAAACAGCCGGAGAUCUAUGAGCGGCGCGUCUGCUUCCUCCUGCUGCAGCUCUGCAACGGCCUGGAGCAUUUGAAAGAACAUGGGGUCACGCACCGCGACCUGUGCUUGGAGAACCUGCUUUUGGUGCCUCAUCAGCGGAGGUCCUCACAGUUUAUUCCUCCCACCGACGUGGACGGCGGCAGUUGUAAGGGCGGAGCCUCCGCAGACGUUCAGCGCCACCUGCCCCGCCUACUCAUCAGCAACUUUGCCAAGGCCAAGCGUCGCUCUCCUGAAGACGUAAGCUCCACCAGCGGCGAUCCUCGCAUCAAACGCGACCACGCCAGACUGGCCCCCGAGAUAGUCUCCGCAGCCCAGUACCGGAAAUUUGACGAGUUCCAGACGGGCAUCUUGAUCUACGAACUCCUCCACCAGCCCAACCCAUUUGAGGUGAGCCCAGCACUGAAGGAGCAGGACUACCGCUCAGAGGACUUGCCUCCCGUCCCGCCGCUCUCCCUGUACUCCUCUGGACUCCAGAGACUUGCUCACCUCCUCCUGCAGCCCGACCCCAUCAAGCGCAUCCACAUCCAGGAGGCCAAGCGCAUUUUACAAAGCCUUCUUUGGGGCCCGAGGAAGGACCUGAUGGAGCAGCAGCUGGAGCGGCACAGCCAAGCGGGCAGCCUGGGCGACGGAUCCCGGCACGAGGGCCUCCUCAACUGGCUGGACGUGAAAAGAGCCCUGCUGAUGAUGAAGUUCGCCGAGCGCUCGCUGGAGCCGGAGAGGAACGCCGAGCUGGAGGACUGGCUGUGCUGCCAGUACUUCUCCUCGGCCCACCCCCUGUCCCUGUGCCACACCGCUGAACUGCUCUACUCGCUCAAGUGACGGCUCAAUUUAAAAAAAAUAAACAAACGUAAAUACCAACAAUGCCAGAUCAAGCCGGGCAGAACUGAAGAUGGUGCGACCCUCUGGAGGAACCGACAGAGCCAUGCAUCAAAUUAGCCAUCACUGUAGAUGAGCAACACACCCUGGCUUGAGCUGUUUUAUACUCAGCAGACAGACGUGGAGUGUUUGUGACUUGAUAACAAACUUACCAAAGUUUCGGGUUUGACGCUGUAUUGUGUGUAUUUAUUAGAGAAGGUGUCUAAAAUGAGAAGUGAGUUAACCUUCAUCUGUGUUAGCGUGCCACGCUUUGUUGUGUCUAAAUAUGCGACUAACGGCUUCUUUUGUCUACCUGAAGACGUGGAGUUCAGACUCACUCUGUAGCACCUUCUCUGUAGGGUCACGGGCACAUAUACUGUCAAAGUAGUCUUCCUUAGGUGAAAUCUGGGGGCGCUCUAGUCAAUGGAUCGUACCAUUUUUGCCGCCUAAUCUUAAUUUCACGCCCAUCUGAUUUGUGCCUUUUGUUUCUCGUGUGUGUUACAGUGAUUCAAACCAAAUGUAAAUAUGACAGAUCACGCAUCUUUUGUGAAACUGGUCUUUCACAGUGUUCUGGAAGCAGCUCUGUACAGAUGAUAUUAAAACAAAAUGCUAGCCCGAGCAGGUCUUUAAAAAAAUAACUGAAGCCAUGAAUAUGUGCAGCAGUCUGGUAUUUAUGAUGAGAUUUGUUACGCCGUAGCAGUCACUGGAUUCUGUUUUUUAUGUUGCUUCCUGCUGAUGAAGUUUGCUGCAGACUCUUUCAUGGGAUCUCCUUCACCAGCAAGAGGAGGAAAAAACUAAACAUGGCCUCAACGAAAUGAUUAUUUUGUGUGCCUAUCAUUUGCAUCUAUGAAUAAACAUGUGCAAAUAUUUUCUCACAGUA